CUUGGGCGAUUCGCCAGGCUCCUCGUCCCAUGGCGUCGCAGGUCGACGCCGUCGAGCGGGAGUUCCUGCUCUGCGCGCGCUACGGCGAGCUCGAGGAGAUGCUCGAGGAGCUGGCCAAGGGCGCCGACGUCAUGGCGCGCGGCGACGGCGGCAACACGGCGCUGCACAUGGCCUGCGCCAACGGCCACGAGGCGAUCGUCGCGGCGCUGCUCGACCGAGGCGCGGAGCCCUCGGCGACGAACGACUGCGGCAACACGCCGGCGCACUACGCGGCCCAACAGCGCCACGCGCCGUGCCUCAGGCUCAUCGUCGCGCGCGAGGGCGCGGACGUUUUACGACAAAACGAGUUCGGGCGGUCGGCGCUCACGGACGCCAUCGCGUCGGGCGACGGCGCCGUGGCGACCAUCGCGCUGGAGCACGACUCGGCGACGGAGGAGAAGCGCGACGCGUUCGACCGCGCUCGCGUCGUCGAGCUCGGCGGUGGCUGCGGCGUCGGCGGCCUCGCGCUCGCCGCGGCCUGCCCGACCGCGCGCGUCGUCGUGACGGACUGCUUUGCGGAGACGCUCGAGAACGCGGCGCACAACGUCGCGCUCUUCCGCGAGGACCGGCCCGACGAACAAACGCUCGAGCCCUGGUUCGGGUCCACGGCGCGCGUCGCCUCCGCGAAGCUCGACUGGGACGCCGAGCCCGGUGAGACCUGUGACUUCGUCGUCGGCGCGGAUUUGGUGUACCACGAGGCCGUCGUCGACAAGCUGGUCAGGACCGUCGUCCGGCUUCAAGCGAAGGAGUUCUGGUACGCGGCGCCGACGAGCGGCCGCGCGGGCGGCGACGCCUUCCUCGCCCGGCUCGAGACCCUGGGCUUCGAGCACGUCGCGCGGGACGCGCCGCCGGCCUACGGCGCGAACGCGCUCGCGGACGGCGACGACGACAAGUUCCUCCUCUACUUCCCCGACGUCGCGACGGCGACCUUCGCGCUCCACCGCUUCGUGCGGCCCUUUAAGUAGUGUCUUCC